CCCUUUUUAAAAGACUCCAUCCGACUGUCUAAGUCAAUAUUUGUAUCAUCUUAUUUAUUUCUUGUGACAUUAUAAUGACAAAUCAAACUCGGGCAAAGUGCUUUUGUGGUCUCCCUCUUAUGACACAACGUCAACAAAAAGUACAGUUUGUUCUGGAAAAAGCUGCAGCAGCGUCACGUGACUGUGACGCGCGAACGGGGGCAGCCUGACGCCCCUCCCCCUCCGUUGUUGCUAUGCAGCCUCUUGACAGUGCAGCUUCCGAAUGUGGGUUAGCGGAAGUGACGUCGGAGUCGAGCCUCCCACACCCGGGCUGUGUGGGUGUCCCCCCGACACACGUGUCGUUGAAAUGCACUAAAAGGGCCGCCAAGUCGGUGGAUUGUGGAUAAAUACGCGAUCUUGUUCCGUCUUAUAAGCGCAUCGCUUCCGGAUCAACUAAGCUUGCUCGCCACAUGUGCGUCACUUUAUUUUGAAAGACAAACACGGGCACUUGUUUGGUCGUACAAUAUACAUGUGGACGUGUAUUUGAUCAGCAUAUUUGGAUAAUACAACGUCAUCAAGUCGUUCCUGUUUUGACGUACACUCCGUUUCGAGCGGCUGGAGAGUUUCAAAGAGCCUUUACUCUGAUAGUCCAAACCGGAUGUACUUUCCUCAUUUGUUACCUUGACUAUCUUGCUGGCUACUAAACCCAGUCGGGAGGACCACUUUUGAGAUCUUUUCUAGUUAAAUCAAGCCAAAGCUGCAUAUUUAUUUCUUCUAAACACUUUUUGUCGAGUUGCCCGCUCGCCGCUUCGUCAUGAAGUCCACUUUGUGCCCCGCUGGACGCCUGGAGACCAACUAAAAGGUCGUCGCCCCCAGAUGUCGUCGCCUCAGCUGAGACUUCUGUUCAUGAACGGAGGCGGAGCUUGGCGGCCGCUACUGGGAUGACUAGCGGACAUGGGGACGGAGGAGACGCCAUAUUGACUCCGCCCACGUUCUCCUACUAACUCUUCUCAGGCAGAGCACAGCUACUUUUCUAUUGGCAUUCAGGAAGUGUGGUGUACGAUGGCGUCCGAGGGCUUCCAGUACCGGGCGCUGUACGACUACAAGAAGGAGCGCGAGGAGGACAUCGACCUGCACGUGGGCGACAUGCUGCUGGUCAGCAAGGGGGCGCUGCUGGUGCUGGGCUGCGGCGGCGGCGCCGAGGAGCGCCCUUCUGAGAUCGGCUGGCUGCCCGGCUUCAACGAGACCACGCAGGAAAAAGGCGACUUCCCGGGCACCUAUGUGGAGUUUGUUGGCAGGAAGAAGAUGUCCCCGCCCACGCCAAAGCCACGCCCACCCAGGCCGCCAUCCGCCGCCUCAGUGAGGACAGACUCCGAGUCUGAAGGCGUCACCUUGCCAGAACAGUUCGGGCCGCCCGACACGGCCCCGCCCCUCCUCAGCAGACUGAUGGAGGCCAUCGAGACCAAAGGUGCAGACUGUCCUGGCGUUUACCGCGGCGUGGGCGCAGGAAGUGUGGACUGGCGGCAGCUGGCGGACGCAGACCUGGAGCAGCUGGAGGUGUCGGCGCUGUGCGACGGGGUGGUCCGCUUCUUGCAGGACCUCCCCGGACCCGUCCUUCCGUCCUCGCUGCAGGCCGACAUGUUGCACGCCGCGCAAGAGGUCGCAGACCCCGAGGAGUGUGCCAGGGUGCUUUUGGGCGUGGCCAGCUCUCCUACUUGCCCCGCCCAGUACGGCCUCACCCUGCUCAGCGUGGUCCGACACCUCGCCAGACUCUGCGUGCACGCCGCCCACAACCAGCUGAGCGUGGCGGGCCUCGCCCAGAUCUUCAGCCCGCUUCUCUUCAGACACACGCCCACAGGGUCCGAGUCUGGUCCAGAUCCUCUUGUCCAGGUCCUGGAGGUUCUGAUCAGCAGUGAGCUCAACAUGAACCAGGCUGCUCCAGCUUUGCCUCCCAAGCCGGCCAAGUCCUCCACGCCGGCGGCCGCCUCGUGCACCUUCAACAACAGCAUGGCGCUGCAGGACGCCGAGUGGUACUGGGGCGACAUCUCCAGGGAGGAAGUCAAUGAGAAGCUACGGGACACCGCCGACGGCACCUUCUUGGUGCGGGACGCCUCCACCAAGAUGCACGGGGAUUACACGCUGACCCUGAGGAAGGGAGGCAACAACAAGCUGAUCAAGAUCUUCCAUCGGGAGGGCAAGUACGGCUUCUCAGACCCGCUCACCUUCAGCUCGGUGGUGGAGCUCAUCAACCAUUACCGCCAUGAGUCUCUGGCACAGUACAACCCCAAGCUGGACGUCAAGCUGCUCUACCCGGUCUCCAAGCACCAGCAGGACCAGGUGGUGAAGGAGGACAGCGUGGAAGCCGUGGGCAAGAAGCUCCACGAGUACCACCUGCAGUACCAGGAGAAGAACCGCGAGUACGACCGGCUGUAUGAAGAAUACACCAGAACCUCUCAGGAGAUCCAGAUGAAGCGGACCGCCAUCGAGGCCUUCAACGAGACCAUCAAGAUCUUCGAGGAGCAGUGUCAGACGCAGGAGCGCUUCAGCAAGGAGUACAUCGAGAAGUUCCGCCGAGAGGGCAACGACAAGGAAAUCCAGAGGAUCGUGGAGAACUACGACAAGCUGAGGUCACGCAUCAGCGAGAUCGUGGACAGCAAGCGCCACCUGGAGGUGGACCUGAAGAAACAGGCGGCCGACUACAGAGAGAUCGACAAGAAGAUGAACAGCAUCAAGCCGGACCUCAUCCAGCUGCGCAAGACCAGAGACCAGUACCUCAUGUGGCUGACACAGAAGGGGGUGCGUCAGAGGAAGUUGAACGAGUGGUUGGGUCUGAAGAACGAGACCACAGAAGAUGAGUACAGCAUGGUGGAGGAUGAGGAGGACCUUCCUCACCACGAUGAGCGACUGUGGCGACUUGGAAACAUCAACCGCCUUCAGGCUGAAUCUUUGCUGCGCAGCAAGAAGGACGGAACAUUCCUGGUGCGGGACAGCAGCAAGCAGGGCUGCUACGCCUGCUCUGUGGUGGUGGACGGCGAGGUGAAGCACUGCGUCAUCAACAAGACGAGUACAGGAUUCGGCUUCGCUGAGCCGUACAACUUGUACUCGUCCCUGAAGGAGCUGGUGCUGCACUACCAGCACACCUCACUGGUGCAACACAACGACUCUCUCAACGUCACGCUGGCCUUCCCCGUCUACAGCCAGCAGCGCCGCUGACACGCCCCCUUUCCAACAUGGCCCACUUCCCUGUCUACAGCGCCGCUGACACGCCCCCUUUCCAACAUGGCCCACUUCCCUGUCUACAGCGCCGCUGACACGCCCCCUUUCCAACAUGGCCCACUUCCCUGUCUACAGCGCCGCUGACACGCCCCCUUUCCAACAUGGCCCACUUCCCCGUCUAAUGCGCCGCUGACACGCCCCCUUUCCAACAUGGCCCACUUCCCCGUCUACAGCCAGCAGCGCCGCUGACACGCCCCCUUUCCAACAUGGCCCACUUCCCCGUCUACAGCGCCGCUGACACGCCCCCUUUCCAACAUGGCCCACUUCCCCGUCUAAAGCGCCGCUGACACGCCCCCUUUCCAACAUGGCCCACUUCCCCGUCUAAAGCGCCGCUGACACGCCCCCUUUCCAACAUGGCCCACUUCCCCGUCUACAGCGCCGCUGACACGCCCCCUUUCCAACAUGGCCCACUUCCCCGUCUACAGCGCCGCUGACACGCCCCCUUUCCAACAUGGCCGACUUCCCCGUCUACAGCGCCGCUGACACGCCCCCUUUCCAACAUGGCCCACUUCCCCGUCUAAAGCGCCGCUGACACGCCCCCUUUCCAACAUGGCCGACUUCCCCGUCUACAGCCAGCAGCGCCGCUGACACGCCCCCUUUCCAACAUGGCCGACCUGUGCUUCCUGUCCAAAGUGGAACUAUGACGGAGGACUUUGGACCCGCCUUCCCUGUCAAAAUGAGGUACUGACGCGGCGGCCUCUGACUGAGCUAAUUCCAAAGACUCCGCCCCCUUCUUUGGGCGCCGUCCGAACAUCCCAUCACAAAACACUUUUGCUUUUCCGGCGCAUUAACGUUUGGAGUCCAGUAUUUAACGCCCGUUGCUGCGGCAACCACCUGUGCUUUCACCACGCUCUUAUUUUGAAAUGUUUUUCACCUAAUCAACUUUGUGUCAAUAAAAGACUUUUCGCUGCG